AUGCACAGCUCUGGCAGGCUUCCCCGGGACCGCGUGCUGAGAGCCACUGCAGCGGUAAAUGCCUUAGCCAUUAUCUUGACGGUGUAUGCCGUCCUCGCCCCACAAUACGAUGUGUCACUGCUGCACAUCACCACCGACAACAAGUUCCUGCUGCUCUGUGGGGCAAUGGCCCUGUGGGGGGCUGCCUACGGGUCCUGGCCGAUCGUGGACUCCCUGUUUGCAGACUCUGUGCCAACAGGUGGCCGGGACCGCAUCUACACGCUGAUGUACAGCAGCAACUACCUGGCGAGCGCGAUCGGGCCGCUGCUGGCGGCGCUGCUGUUCUGGCUGCGCGGCAACAGCUGGUCGCUGCACACUCUGGGCGCCGUGGUGCUCAUUGGCAUGGCCGUCGCGCUCGUGCCCAUCUGCACUAUCUUCAUGUUCAACGACGACAACUCCCUGGAUGCCGAAGCCGGCCCCAUCACCGAAGCUCUGCUGCAGCCGCAAAAGGAUGUCGAGGAGGGGCCAGGGGAGAGGAAGGGAACGGGCGGCAGGGAGCGGUGGCUGUGCCUGACGCCGACGGCGGUGCCAUACCUGCUGGCGGCCUCCGACACGGUUUAUGGGCUGGCAUCCGGCAUGACCAUCAAGUUCUUCCCGGUGUUCUGGAUCCAGGAGGUGCAGCUGAGCCCCAUGGCCGUCCAGGGGAUGGCUGCCGCCGUGCCCUUUCUGCUCGCGCUCUCGUCCUACGCCAUGCACCCGCUAGCGCUCUGCAUCGGGCGUGUGCAUGCAAUAUCAGCUGUGAAGCUGCUGGGAGGGUUCCUGCUGGUGUGGAUGAGCUUGGAUCAGGGGAUGUGGCGGAAUCCGCCGCUGGUUGUCUGCGUCUAUCUGCUGCGGACGAUGGCCAACAAUUCGACAUACGCCCUGCAGAAGUCCAUCCUGAUGGACUUCGUGCCAAAGAGUGCCCGUGCGCGGUGGAACAGCUUGGACUCGCUGUUUGUGUUCUCCUGGUCGGGCUCGGCAGCGUUUGGGGGGUUCAUGAUAGCGAAGUGGGGCUUUGGGGCGGCCUUUCUCAUAACGGCCAUCAUGCAGCUGCUGGCCUGGGCCAUCCUGGUGCCUCUGGUGUGGCUGGUGCCCCGCUCCAUGCCCAUCCCAGCUGCCCUGUCCCAGGCACAGGAUCAGGCGCCACCCACAGGAGGGGUUGAGGCUGAGUCGUGUUUGUCGAGCGCGGCUGCUGAGAGCACAGCCCUGCUGAGCGGCAACUUGCAGGCGGCCACGCCAAUCGCUGUCACUGCCACAAACACUGCGUCAACUUCUCCUGUAGGCAGCCUGCGAUGA